AUGCAGGCGUUAGAGGCCUGCGGGAGGGUGUCGGUGCUUGUCUGCUUUGUGCUGGGAGCCUCUGGCGCCAGAAUGGACCGGAGGAAAAAGCCUUUGGACGUCACUGCCUCCUCGUUGGUAGACCUUAAGGCUGAACUCUUCCGAAAACAAGAAGAAUUCAAACAAGAAAAACUUCUAAAAGAUUCUGGAGUUUUGGGAAAACCAAAAACAACUAAUAAGAAACCAAGUAUCUGGAGCAAACAGAAUGUAGGAGUUAUAAAUAGAGCUGAGAAGGAUGCAGAACAGAAGAUUGAGGAACAGAAGACUUUAGACAAAGCAAGGGAGAAAUUGGAAGAAAAAGCCAAAUUAUAUGAAAAAAUGACUAAAGGAGACUUUAUAGAUGAAGAAGCGGAGGAUAUGUACCUUGUGGAUUUCACACAGAAGAUCAUAGACAAACACAAAGAGAUGGAGGUGUUUGGUGCCAAUAGAGAUUGUAGGAAGGCAGGAGAAAGAGACAAUGAUGAAGAAAAUCUUUCUGAAAAAGAUAUACCUCCUCCCCAGGACCCCGGUGAAGAAUGGGUGGAUUAUGUGGAUUCUUUAGGGCGAUCUCGCCGCUGUAUGAAAAAGGAUUUGCCAGAUCUGCUGGAGAUGGAUAAAAAUCUUCAGGGGAGGCUUUUCGUUAGUCCUGCUAAUGAGAAAACCUUAUUAUCUGAAGAUAUGAGAAAAGAACUUCAGCGCCAGCAAUGGGAGGAAGAAGAAAGAGAGGCCUUGAAAAGGCCGAUGGGGCCCAUACAUUAUGAAGACAUUCGUGAAAAUGAGGCCCGGCAACUUGGUGUUGGAUAUUUUGCCUUUGCCCGAGAUAAAGAGUUGAGAAACAAGCAGAUGAAAACAUUAGAGAUGCUACGUGAACAGACAACAGAUCAGAGAACAAAACGAGAGAACAUAAAGGAAAAGCGAAAGGCUAUGUUAGAAGCAAGGCUUGCUAAACUCCGACAAAAAAAGAUGAAAAAGUCAAAAGAAGAUGGAGCAGAGGAAGAAAACAAAGAUGUUAUUGGGCCUUUGCCACCAGAACCAGAGGCUGUGCCAACCCCACGUACUGCUGCCCAGAGUAGCAAAGUGGAAGUCAUCGUUCAGGAGAGGAAGGAUACCCGCCCGGGAGUGCCGCAUGUCCGAGAGUGGGACAGAGGAAAAGAGUUUUCCUUUGGGUUCUGGUCGAAGAGGCAGUCAGAUCUCCGAGCUGAGAGAGAUCCUGAGUUUGCCCCACCAUCGGAUUACUUUGUGGGUCAAAAGAGAACUGCUUCCCUCAGUAGCGAGACGUGGAGCAGACCUGCAGCUGCACCGAGCGACCCAGGACAGUGCUCUGGCCAGAGUCGUGACACUGGCUCUUCACAUCCACCAUCCACUCCUGCCCCCAGCAGCCCACCACGAGCCCCGACAGUCACUUUUGAAACUCUGGACGAUAUGAUAUCAUAUUACAAACAAGUGACAUGAAUUUCCAAACCGUUCUGAUUUGGGUCUCUACUGUGGAUAGUGCCUUCUUCUCCUAAAUUGGGGAAGAUAAUUUAAUUUUAGGGACUGAAUUGUACCUGUUUCCUCCCGUCCUUUCCCU